GGGCGAGGAGAGGGGGCCCUGGGGUGAAUGUCGGCGGACAACGUCUGGCCCCGCGCCCAGAACACUUGUGUCAGUGGGGCCAGUGGGACCGGCAGCUGGGUCCCCGUCCCUGCUGCAUGUAGCAAUGUGGUGGACUGCAGGCUCCAAGUUCACUCUGGGUCUCCUGUCCCUGCUCCUGCUCCCUCAGCGGGCCUGGGCCCUGGCGGCAAAAGCUCUCUCUCUUUCCUAUAACUUCACCGUCCUCCCUAAGGCCAGCCGUGGACAACCUUGGUGUGAGGUUCAAGGCCAGGUCCAUGAAAAGACUUUUCUUUCCUAUGACUGUGGGAGCCAGGAGGUCAAAUCCUUGAGUCUCCUGGGAGAGGAGGUGAAAGGCACGAGAGCCUGGCAAGAACAGAUGGAAACGCUGAGAGACGUGGGGGACUUUCUCAGACAGCAACUGCUGGACCUUAAACUAGAGAAAUACACGGACAGGGACCCUCUCCCGCUGCAGGGCAGGAUGCUGUGUCAGUGGAGAGCCAAUGGGCGCACACGUGCAUCCUGGCAGUUCGGCUUCCAAGGACAGACAUUCCUCCGCUUUGAUUCCAAGAAUGGAACCUGGACAGUGCUUCACCCUGGAGGCAGAUGGAUGAAAGAGAAGUGGGAGAGUGACAGGCAUGUGACUAAGUUCUUCUGGAACAUCUCCAUGGGAGACUGCAGGAGCUGGCUUGAUUGUUUCAUGGUGCACUGGGAGAAAAUGCUGGAGACAACAGCAUCACCAACUGUGGCCGCAGUUAAAGGCCAAUCCAGGGCCUCAGUCAUCACCCCCAUCGCCUGGGUCCUCCUGGUGACCCUCACCUGCUCUAUCCUCAUUGACCUCUGAGGCUGAGUCUGUCAUGGUAACAGGCUGACGAUGCUCCCGAGGAGGUCCUGGGUGUGUGGUCCGUGUCACGACUCUGCCUUUUGGUUGGCUGCCUUUGGAUCACCUGCUGUUCAUUUCUAGACCACCAGGAGCUCAGACCUUACAAAUCCAGAGACCACCAUGAGAUCACGAUGAGACUGUCCAUGCAACAUCUCAGGUUCCUUAUUGCAUUGGGCGGUUCUCCUAUUCAGCGCCUUUCCUUAGCAUAUUGUGCCCCUUCCUCUUGGUGCUCAGUGGUGGGAUUCCUGCACUUCAACCUGAACUGCUCCAGCAAGAAAUAUGAAGAAAUAUGAAGGAGAACGGUUUCCAUCUUGUCUGCAUCCUGACCCUGUUCUUGCAAAUGUUGUUGUCAGAAAAAUAUCACGUCAGACUGCAGAACCUCAGGGAUUCUUUCUCUAUCCUGAAAAACAACCUCAUUGACUUUUCAACAGAGCAACGUUUUCUUUAUGAUUUUCCCCUUUUGUAACUUACCACCCUUCAAUG